AGGUUGAUGCCGAUUAGUCCUCAACCUCAAAAAUUGGCGGUGAAAAUACCUAAGGUCCCAAUUUUUGUUUGUCCGUUGGUCCUUUUUCUAACGGAUCCGUUAAACCCAAAUAAAGUGCCACGUGUCAAUUUUUUAUUGGUCUAAUAAUAAUUUUAAUCAAAAAAAUUUAAAAUAAAAUAAAAAACUAAAAAAUAUAUUUUAAAUUAUAAAUUUAUUUUAUUUUAUUUUUUUUUUUUUUUUUUAUUCAUCUUCUUCAACCAGCCACCAAAAACUAACCCUACAGACGUCAUCUUCUUCCGCCUCUUCUUCGCUCUACAUUCUCUAAGAUCAUCAGAUCUCCAAGCCAGAUUGUGGGCAUCUUCGGCAUCGUAACGCCCAAACGAGCACCGCCACUAGACGUAGCACCCCUUGAAACGUCGAUUUCGCACUCUGCCAUUCCCAGUCAGACCUAUGCCCAAUCGUCUAUCACUACAGUUCUUCUCUUCUUCGAAGAGUAAAACCCAGAGAAAUUGAAGACCAAAGGAUCUCACUCCCGGACCACCAACCCUCUCUCCAUUUUCAGAUCUGUUUGCACCACCAACCCUCGCCGCACCACCCCUGGAGUUUCUCCUCCGGCGGAUGGUGGUAGUGGUGCCAUCUUGGAGUCCCCGUCGCACUGAACCACCCCCAAAUUAGGAUACGUUGACAAAAAUUCACCCUCCGAGACCAGAUUGGUAUGAAGAAUUCUAUGCUUCAGUUCUUGAUACGAGCAUGAAAUCUUAUGAAGCUGAGAUUGCAGGUUACAAGUCUGAGCUGUUUGCUAAUUUGAGAGGAAAGGCUGAAAGAGUGGUAGAGAUUGGGAUUGGGACGGAUCCAAAUCUUAGGUACUAUGGUGGAGAUAAAGGUGUCCAAGUUUUUGGGGUGGAUCCAAACAAAAAGAUGGAGAAAUAUGCCAAGUCUUCUGCCAUUGCUGCUGGUUUGCCGAUUCAGAAUUUUAAGUUUAUACAAGAUGUAUGUUCAAUUUGUCAUCUGAAAUUGCAUUUUGUGUUUGUUUGUCUUAGCAAUGAACCAUAAGCUUUGUUUUUGAGACAGCUAUAUAUGAAAAUGUUAUAUCUUAAAUUAAGAAAUAGUUGCAAAUGUUUUGUUUAAUUAUAUUUUAUUAUUAUUUUCCGAAUAA